GUGCAACCUCCAUCUGAGUUAUUGUUAUGAUUAUUUCAUUGAUGGUUUCUUUUGGAGAACAGAUUACUAAAUAUAAUGGAAACUGAAGGUGACAUUUCCGUUGUUCUAUCAGUGAAAAAUGACUCGAACCCUAUACUCACAAGAUCAGGUGAGAUCCUCGAUGUUCCUAUGAAAUCAGAAAUAUUGGACCCACUUCGAGUGAACUCUGAUGAGAUAAGUUCAUGCAGUCCUGAUAUUAUUAUUAAAGGAGAAAUAGGAAAUGAAAGUCCAAAAAGUUCAAGCAGUCCUGAUAUUAUCGUUAAAGGAGAAAUAGGAAGUGAUAGUCCAAAAAGUUCACACAGUCCAGAUAUUAUCAUUAAAGGAGAAAUAGCAAAUGAAAAUCCGAAAAUGUGUGAAAUUUAUAUCAAGGAGGAACCUAUUGAGCAAGAUAAUCAGUCUCAUUGUGCUCAAGACUAUUCCAAUGAGGAUGUAAAAGAUAGAUUAGAUUAUGAAGAACCAGUUGCCUGCGAAGUUAUUAUCAAGCAGGAGCUGGAAAAAGAUGAACCACCUAGUUGUGGUGAUAAAGAAUCGCAGAAGGAACUUGUUAACUACCCUCUUGAUCUUGGAGUUUCUAACCAGAAGAAUAUAAAGAGUACAGAUCAACAAUCGAAACCUAAAAUAUUUAAAUGCCCUUUUUGUGUUUAUACGUCAGACACUAAUCUCAAAUUAAAAAGCCACACAUUACAUCGGCACUCGAAAGAGAAACCUCAUAGGUGCCCACAUUGCAAUUACGCUACUGUCACUAGUACUGACUUAAAAAGGCACAUAAUGUCAAUUCAUUCAAAAGAAAAACCCCACCGUUGUCCCCAUUGUGAAUAUGGAGCUGUAAGCGUUUUCAAUUUAAAAACUCACAUCAUGGCCCAACACACAAAAGAAAAGCCUCAUCAUUGCCCUCACUGUGAUUAUACUGCUGUGACUGGUACUACAUUGAAGAGACAUAUCAUGUCAAUUCACACCGAAGAGAAGCCACAUCAGUGUUCACAUUGUAGCUAUGCGACGGUCCACGCUGGCGCCCUGAAGAGACAUGUCAUGAGUGUCCAUUUCAAUGAAAAACCACUCCAAUGUCCAUAUUGCAAUUAUGGAUCUGUCUUUUCCCAUCACAUAAAGAGACAUGUAAAACGUCGCCAUACAAAAGAAACACAAUGAAAAGACUUUUUUUAAAUAUGAUUAUAAACUAAACUUCAAUAUUUAAUGGUCAUAAUAA